UCUCUCUCUCUCUCUCUCUCUCUCUCUCUCUCUACCUUAGUACGGAGGAGUGGCUGUCGCUUCCAAAUGGAAUGUAUCUUGCUAGUGUGGAAUGUUAUUGAUUUUGAAUUUUCAUUUUAUUUUAUUUUAUUUUAUUUUAUUAUAUUAUAUUAUUGUCCUUACCUUUCUUUCUCCUUCUUCGUCUGGGUUUGAGUUUUCAAAGGCCGCCCUCACCAAUAUGAUAGCAUAUACCAAUAGAGUAGUAAUUGUAGUCGUUAUAGGAUACUUAACUGUAGUGGGCUAUCGGCUUGUCUAUCCAUGGGAGAGUCGGCCGGAAACAAGUUCCAUGAGGUUUUGCCGAAGUGUUUGCCGGAUGAAGAAGGGGCUGGCUGCAUAUUGUCUGGAUUGUGCAUACGGAGUAUGGACAUUAGCCAUGACGUCCGUCAGACAAGGGAUGAUAGGAUAGUUCUUCCACUUGCCGACUAACCAUGCAGAAUGAUGAGACAUGUCACUACCACUACUACUACUUAGGAGUACGGAAUACACGGAAAUAAUCCGAACAAAUCCCGAGUCAUGCUUGCAUCUGUCAAUUGCAUCGAACAAACAUGCAGGCACUCAUUC